CCGAACCUCGACCUCGGGCAACUCGGCGAUGCCUGUCGGAAGAGCUGCACCUAGGUACACUGCCCAUAUACACCAGAAUGAAGCCCCCGACUCGGAUAGCGUCGCGAUUGGCGACUUGCCAGCGGCUGCAGUGCACGCACCCCGCCUCAACGAUCCGACCCGCUACCCGCUGUUGCGAGAUACAUACUACCCCCGCGAAGCCCGCAACAGUGUCGCCUAUCCAUGGCACCGGACCUCCGCCCGGCCGGCCCGUUCCCACCGCCGAUAGCGCGAGGGUCUGGCGCGAGCGGCGCGGGAAGCAGGCAGAGCUGCUAGAGAAGGCGCGGGAGAUCCGGCAGAAAUCGCAGCAACAUUCACUGCAGUCGCCACAGUCGUCGUCGUCGUCGUCUGCCAGCGUGAGGUCGGCCGAGAACAGGGAGGCGCUCGCGCGGAAGCGCUUCUGGAAGGACGUUCACGUGCGUGAGAUAGACGGCGCAUGGGAGGUGCAUCUGGACUCGCGGCCGCUGCGGCGCCUGGACACGAAGCAGGUCGUGCGGUUGCCGCUCAGCAAGCCGCUGCUCGCGAGCGCGAUAGCGCUCGAGUGGGACCUGCUGGCGUCGGCGCAGCACGCGACACGCCAGCACCUGAUCCCGCUAACCAGCCUCGUGUGUCGCGCGUUGGACAUCGCAGACGAAGAUGCGGCCGGCGGGCCAUCCGCGGACGGAACGGCGGGCGGGAGCGUGCGGGAGGGGAUGGCGCGCAUGCUCAUGCGCUACCUGGACACCGACUCGCUGCUGUGCUGGGCGCCGCCGCCGAGAGAGCACGACCUGCCGCCCGACGCUGGGGGCGAGAGCCUGAGGGACGUGCAGAAGAGGGCGGCGGAGGAGGUCGUGGGCUUCCUGACGAGCCGGGUCUGGCCGGGGAUUGAAAUCGGCCCCGUGCUCGACGAGGAGAGCAUCGUCCCCCGCAGCCACCCCGAGAUCACGCGGCAGGUCAUCCGGGGCUGGAUCAUGGGCCUGAAUGCUUGGGAGCUGGCCGGCCUAGAGCGAGGGGUCUUGGCCGGGAAGGGGCUGCUGGGGGCGGCGAGACUGCUAGUCGAGUGGAGCGAGGGCUUCGCGGGGUUUGCAGGAGCCAACGCUCGAGAAGAAACGAGCAGAAGCCAACGGUUUGGCGUCGAGGAGGCAGCGAGGCUGGCCAGCAUCGAGGUCGACUGGCAGACACGCAACUGGGGCGAGGUCGAGGAUACACACGACGUCGAGAAGGAGGAUCUCAGGCGCCAGCUUGGCAGCGUGAUUCUUCUCGUCAGCGGAACGGGACGGAAGUAAGUCGAGCCAGUUGCGGCUCUACUGGCUGGGUGAGUGACGUUGGAGAACUAUCACCACCACCACUGUCUCGCUUUUGAAGUCCAUCGCGACGCCACAUGAGCAGAAACUCAAAUACAGGAAAAUCGGGUAGUCUCUGGGCCAACUAGGUACUAUGUGCCGUGUGGGGAGGGCUAUUUACAUACCUAGAAUUGAUAAGAUGGGGGGCUUACGGUAUAAGGGGAUUGGCAAAAGGACGGCAUUUGUACUCGAUAGUAGCAGAUCAGAUAGUGUAUAGUUGCCCCGUGAUGGGAAAGUCAACCCAUUUAACCAAUCCCUCUUUUCUGGGGCUUCGCAGGAUUCGCAGUAAUUACCUAGUUGCGGGCUGAAGAUCACUUCAGCCAGAAUCAUGGUAUGAGAUGCGGGGCAGAACCAAGCAGUCUAGGGGUAUGUGAAGAUAAGAAUUUUCCUGGGGUGCCAAGGGCAUAUAAAUGACAUUGGGAG